AGUCAGUCAUCUGGUGAUUGUGAUUCUGUGAAAAAGCUCAUCCCAGAAAUUGUCUGUUGAGUGGAUUAGUGCAAUUUUGAAGGAGGAUUUUACUGGAUUUUCUCAAAGCAAUUUUCCCGUCAUCAGUUGGGAUGAUGCUGGACGUGAGGAAGAUAUACGCAAUCCUGGCUUGUGCUGUUGCCAUCAAUGGCCAGAUGAAUUGGUGUGAGAUUGAAGAGGCGAGUUGUCAAGGUCAGGGAAGGCAUAUUGCCUGCGAGAAUACAGAAUUCCCACAGGGAAAGUGUGAGAACAAGCAAAAUGUGCCCAUUGAUGAGGAUCUGAAGAUUGUCAUCUUGGCACGUCACAACAGAUACCGCAGCCAACUGGCCAUGGGUCAUGUGCCACGAUUCCCAAAGGCCGCCAAGAUGGAGGAGAUGGUCUGGGAUGAUCAGCUAGCAUAUCUGGCUCAGCAGCAUGUCAAGCACUGUAGCUUUAUGCAUGACGAAUGCCGAGCCACUGAGGAGUUCCCUACAGCUGGACAGAAUCUGGCAUUCACAGCUGAACCUACAGCUAAUGUCAGUUACCCUUCUAUCUUGGAUUCCCUUGUGGAUCUGUGGUGGAAGGAGCAUGAGAAGACAAAAGUGACCAUUGUGGAUGAAUUGAGAGCAACGGAUUCCCUGACAUCGGGACACUUCUCGCAAAUGGCAAAGGAAGCAAAUACCCAUAUUGGAUGUGGGUACCUGACCUAUGAAUACGACGCAGAUGACACUCACUGGUUCUCUCACAUGCUCACGUGCAACUAUGCAGACAACAAUUGGCUGGGACAACCCAUGUACACUCCCGGAGAUCCCUGUUCCCAGUGUAAAGAACUAGGGAAGGCCUGCAGUAAGAAGUAUCCAGGACUCUGUGCUGCCUCCCUCAUUUAAAUAAUUCAUUAAAUACUGUGUUCUUGUUCCGCAAUAAAGCGCUUUUGACACC